AGGGCAGGGACAGUGAAUCCCUGGCGAUUCACAGCUCUCAUCGAAGUAUUUGAUAAGGUGCUGCCCCCGUGCGCUGCAGCUCCCAUCCGGGAGGGAGACUCUGCUGCAACCUCGCACCAUUGCAUGCUUUCUUCUUCCAUUCGGGAUCCCCUUCAACCCUCUUCUCUCCUCUUUCCUCUACCCCUUCCUUCUACCGCCUUCUCCUUUUUCUCCCGGCGGUGUCCUUUAUAAGUUAUCACCUUUUGUUUCCACAGAUCUAAUGUGUCUACCCCCCAAAUCUUCCCACAACCAUGGCAAAAUAUCAUCCUCUUAAAUAACCCGGUACAGGGUCCUCAAUCUUUGCUAAAACUUCCCACCAACGCUGAGGAAAAUCACCGUCAGCUGAUUUUAUCGUUGAUAUUUCUUUCUCUUCAUUUCGGGGCAUAUUUUUUUGGCUAGUGUAUUAUUAGUAUUAAUAUAUUGCCGUUGUUUUGUUGUAAUUGUUUGUCUUUUUGGGAGUUCUUGAGCAAGACAAUGAAAGGAAACCAGAAGGAUCCGGAGAAAUUCAUCUGGGAUCAGAUGAGAAGUCCCUCCGGGACGCCCAUUGGAGUCACCGGCUCCCACAAUCGAGCUUUACCAAAGUUUAUGGUUUGGCUGAUUCUGUUUGUCUCUGCCACCUAUGUUGUUUAUACUUUGAAGCUUCUCAACAACUCUCGUUCUUGCGACGACGAUUUUCUCCCAACCCCCCACCGUAGUUUGUCCAUCGGCUCUGGGCGCAACACUUCCUCUCUAGUCUUCAAUACUUUCAAUAACAAAAACGAAACAUUGCCCCCGAAAGAAGAAAAAACCGGAUUAGACCACAUAGUUUUCGGCAUUGCUGCUUCUGCUAAGUUAUGGGAUAAGAGAAAAAACUACAUUAAACUCUGGUGGAAGGGGGAGAAAAUGAGGGGCAUUGUUUGGCUUGAUAAUCCCGUCAAAACCCGGGAAGAGGAAAGCGAUACUCUUCCGGAGCUAAGAAUUUCAGGGGACACUUCGAAAUUUGCUUAUACUAACCGGCAGGGCCACCGGUCAGCGAUUCGGAUCUCGCGGAUUGUUUCGGAGACGUUGAGGAUGGGGAUGGAAAAUGUGAGGUGGUUUGUGAUGGGAGAUGAUGACACUGUUUUUGUUACCGAGAAUUUAGUGAGGGUUCUGAAUAAGUAUGAUCACAAUCAAUAUUAUUAUAUUGGUAGUUUGAGCGAGUCUCAUUUGCAGAAUAUUUAUUUUUCUUAUGGGAUGGCAUAUGGGGGUGGUGGAUUUGCUAUUAGUUACCCUUUGGCUAAGGCUCUUGAGAAAAUGCAAGAUAGUUGUAUUCAGAGGUACCCUGGAUUGUAUGGUUCUGAUGACAGAAUGCAAGCUUGUAUGGCUGAACUCGGUGUACCACUCACCAAAGAACUCGGUUUUCACCAGUACGAUGUGUAUGGGAACUUGUUUGGUCUAUUAGCUGCACACCCAGUGGCUCCAUUUGUGACAUUACACCAUCUUGAUGUCGUGGAGCCGAUCUUCCCUAAUGUGACUCGAGUUCAAGCUCUUCAGAGACUCUUAGUUCCUAUGAAGCUUGACUCAGCUGGUUUAAUGCAACAAUCCAUUUGUUAUGACAGCCGUAGAAGUUGGACAGUGUCAGUGUCCUGGGGAUUUGCCAUUCAAAUAUUUCGUGGUGUAUUAUCUCCUCGAGAGAUAGAAAUGCCAUCAAGGACUUUCUUGAAUUGGUACAGGAGAGCAGAUUAUACAGCUUACGCCUUUAACACCAGGCCCGUUAUGAGGAACCCAUGUCAAAAGCCCUUCGUGUUUUAUUUAUCUGGGGCUAGAAUUGAUUCUUCCAGAAAUUUAACAAUUACUGAGUACGUUAAGCAUCGCGUUCCUCAUCCAGCUUGCAAAUGGAAGAUGGUGGAUCCUGCUCAACUUGACAAAGUAGAGGUUUAUAAGAAGCCCGAUCCAGAACUAUGGAACAGGUCUCCAAGGAGAAACUGUUGCAGAAUCUUGGACUCCAAGAAGAAAAGCCUGGCUAUAGAAGUAGGUGUAUGUAGAGAAGGGGAGAUAAGUGAGAUACAGUAACUGUGAAAUUCAUGAGCUAUUUUUGGUUUUGUUUCUCUCCCUAUUUCCACUUGUACCAACUUUUUUGCAGUUCAAUUUGUAGUUUUAUAUCUUUAUUUGUUAAGUUAAGGCCGUCACUAUUGUUGGAAGGUCUUUCCAAGUUCAUCGGCAUAGUAGGAAUUUAGGAAGAUUGUUGGGGGAAGAGGCAGGGAUGGAGGAUUUACUGUAAAAAUGUUUGUAGCUGUACGCGUUCGACAUUGAUGUGAUUAUUGCAUCCAAUGUAGUUUUUGAUGUCACCCCAAACAUUGAGGGGUUUCGUGGAGUUGAUAACAGAAUCAAAUGUUAUUUAGAGUUGGUUUAUA